AUGCCACUCAAUAACAUCCUAGAAAUCGAAGUUUUUGAUGUAUGGGGGGUGGAUUUCAUGGGACCAUUCCCAUCCUUCUAUGCGAAUAAGUAUAUCUUUCUGGCAGUUGAUCAUGUGUCAAAAUGGGUAGAGGCUAUUGCAUCUCCUACCAAUGAUGUGCGCGUGGUUACCAAGUUCUUCAAGAAACACAUUUUUCCACGAUUUGGAAUAUCGUGGGUAUUGAUUAGUGAUGGAGGGAAACAUUUUUUUGAAAAGAGAUUCGAAGAUGUAUUAAGGAAAUAUGGGUUUUAUCAUAAGAUUGGUCUAGGCUAUCAUCCGCAAACUAGUGGCCAAGCUGAAAUCAGCAACCUAGAGAUCAAGAGCAUUUUGGAAAAGACGUCGUGCCAUGUACUAGUAGUGCUUGAACAUAGAGCAUUUUGGGCAAUCAAAGCCCUUAAUUAUGAUUUACUGCGUGCUGGUGAGAAGAGGUUGUUAGAUAUCAACAAACUUGAUGACAUACGCUUGGAUGCGUAUGAGAGUUCAAGGCUAUACAAGGAAAAGACCAAGCGAUGGCAUGACAAGGGUCUUAUCAGAAGAAGCUUUGAAGUUGGACAAUUGGUGUUAAUAUUCAACUCCCGUUUGAAGUUAUUUCCAAGGAAACUGAAGUCACGUUGGACGAGUCCAUUCAAGAUCACGAGGGUAUUCCCCUAUGGUUCCAUCGAGCUGUCAAAUGCGAAAGGGGAAACAUUCAAGGUGAAUGGACAACGUGUCAAACACUAUCGUGCAGUUGAGCCUUUAGCGAGGCUAGUGGUAAUGUCGCUGGAGCCCCCAUGUGUUCUCAAUGAAUAA